AACGCCUCCCCUCCCCCUUCUCCCUUCUCUCCUCUCCGCAUUUCCGCCCAGGGCCAGGGGGACGCGAGCUAGACGCCUCCGCCCAUUCUUGGUGUUUCGUUGUUUCGCAUCUUAAGGAGGGUUUCUUCCGGGCACGCCUUGUGCGGCGUUUCUUUGAUGCUAAUGGAUCGCUCGAGUUGCUUCUGAAAUUCGUUGCAUUAGUCCCACUCCCACCACAUAUGCGGAAAUUGAUAAGGAGACACUUCUACCUGCUGGAUGCUGAAGCAAUUUUCUUGAAUUCAGUGCUUCUGUGGCUUGUGGGCGUGUGCAUCCAUGAAUGUCUCUUCAGUGAUUCUGGUUGUUCUGGUGUAUGUGUAGUGCUUUCGAUUCUAUCCAGAAAAAAUCGGCUUAACUGGGAAUGACUGGCUGUAGAAGGGUCCAAGCCUCAGGCCAUCAAUUGUACUGCCCUGGUUGGAAUUGCCUGGACAACUGGAUCGCAUGUCUGUGUCCACGUUAAAAUAUUGUUUGGAGUGGCCAAACAUGCCGUGGAAACGAAAGAUGCAUCAUGGAGGAACAUCCCAACAAGAACAAGUCGGUCCUUCACUUGCAGAUGAAGUAUGUGCCAUUGACGAGGAGGUUUCCCAUCUUACUAGACUUAAAUCUGAACCAAGUCAGAGAACUCGUGCAUCCUUUUACACUGGCCAAAAGAGGCCUAUCUCAACAUUCAAGCUAUUGUCUGGGAGAGAAUCCAAUUGCUCAGGGAUGGGUAGGUUCUCUUCAGCUGAUUGCUCUUAUACUCUUCGGAAACACCUACCAGUGAAAGGCCCAUGGUGUGUGGAUGACAUGGAUAGUGAAGCAUACAUCUCACAGUUCUCUACAGAUGGUUCACUACUCGUUGGUGGGUUUCGGGGAAGCCACAUCAGAAUCUACAAUGCUGAGAAAAAGUGGAAGAUUCAUAAGGAUAUAACCUGCAAGCGUCUGCGCUGGACAGUUUCAGAUAUUGCUCUCUCACCUGAUCAACGAUACCUAACUUUUUUCCAAUUGCCCACCCCCAGGGGCAGAUCCAGAGUGUUGGCAUUGGUGUGGCUUGUGCUAAAUCAGUGGAGAAUUGAUGUACAUGCUUAUUCCAGUCUGUCGCCUACAGUUCAUAUAGUAAAUGUCCAGAAUGCUGUAAGGGAAUCACAUGCUAAUAUUACAGAAAUUCAUGAGGGUCUAGAGUUUUCUGACGACGAUGACGGAUUCUCGUUUGGAAUAUUUUCUGUUAAGUUCUCAAAAGAUGGGCGAGAACUUGUUGUUGGAAACAACAAUGAAUCAAUAUGUAUAUAUGAUCUUGGGGCAAGUAAAGUUACAGAACGCAUUCAUGCUCAUGUGGCUGAUGUCAAUGUGGUCACCUUUGCUGAUGAAACGAGUGAUGUCUUGUACUCUGGAAGUGAUGAUAGCCUCUGUAAGGUGUGGGAUAGGCGCUGCCACAAGAGACAAAAACCAGUAGGUGUUUUGACAGGUCAUUUAGACGGGAUUACAUUUAUUGAUAGCGGUGGAGAUGGGCACUACUUCAUCUCCAACUGCAAGGAUCAAACUAUUAAAUUAUGGGAUCUCAGGAAAAUGUCCUCCACUACAAAAGACUGUACACCAAAAUCAUAUGAAUGGGAUUACAGAUGGAUGACAUAUCCAUCAGAAGCCCGAUAUUUGAAGCAUCCAUAUGACCAGUCGCUGGCCACAUUCAGAGGCCAUUCUGUGUUGCGCACACUUAUCCGUUGUUAUUUUUCUCCAAUGCACAGCACGGGUCAGAGGUACAUAUACACAGGAUCCAGUGACCAAUGUGUCUAUAUUUAUGAUGUGGCAACUGGUAACGUUGUCGAAAAACUGAGAUGGCACGGGUCAAUCAUCAGAGACUGCUCAUGGCACCCGUACCUUCCAACGUUUGUCAGUUCUUCUUGGGAUGGCUAUCUAGUCCGGUGGGAGGCAACUGAGGAUGACAAAGACCCGUCCAUGCUCAAGGCAGGGAAGCAGAGGAUGCAUCCAGAGGGAUAUCAACUGUCAUUUGUCCUCUAGAACUGAAGGUCUCGAGGGUCUCAUGUAUGCGUGACGUGUCCAUCACGUUUAAAGAGAAAACCUUCUAUUCUUUGCAAAUCCUCAUGCUUUCUCCAAGUGAUUAAAGAGAAUUAUUGAAGCGGUAUAUAGAUUCGCAAAAUUGUAAUACAAUGUUUAAAGGUUGUCAUUGUAGAUUAGGUGCUUGUAUUUA